AUGUAUUUUGAGAGAAGAAAGGUUUAUUAAUUAAUUAAAGAAGAGGAAAAAAGAAGAAGAAGAAAAAGCAAAUUAAUUAUUAGAGUGACUAUAUAAAUAAAGAAAAAAUUUUAAUUUGUUAGGGAAUUAUAAUCAUAACUAAUUAAUUAUUCUUUUUUUUUCAAAAAAAGAAGAAAAACAUCAAAUCAAACAUAUUGUUCAUUUUUUUUGACUUCAGUAUUUGUUUUAGGGAAGAUAAUCGUACGAAAAAUGUCGUUUAAUACUUCUUAAACUGUUUAACAUUCCUAACAAAGUCAAAAACAAAGUAUUUGUAGCGAAAAUGAUAUCAACGUUCUCGCAAAUAUUUUUGAACAAAAAGGCAAUCUGCUUUUCUCUGAUUAAGGCAAGCUCGUUUAUUAAUGCGGGUUAUAUGUCCUCAAGGAGGUUUACUUGCCUUAGAUUCAACAAUAAUCCUAGCAAAAGGAUAAUCAUAGCGUUUCUGAUCAGUAGUAACAGGCUCCUUCCUCUUCAGCUAGCAGUCAACCUGUUGUUUCUGCUGUUUAUCCUCCUUCUCCUAUCCAAUCAUAGCAAAAUGAGAUCGACCUAAAGCUAAUUUUAGAAAAAAGAAUCAAAGAUUGCUUGCUUUUAUAGAACGAAUUUGUGAUUACCCAGAAUAUAAGCUGCAAAAAUGCUAACAUCGCUAAGCCCAUCGACUUCAAGGCUACUCCUGCUAGAUGUAUGCUAUUCUCUCCUUAUAUGAGCGAAAAAGACGCUUUUACUCACUUGAUACAAAAAAACGCGGGUAUUUUUUAAAAAAUAAACUAUUUCUCCCUCGAAAAUAGAAGCAACGAACAAGAUGAAUUAUUACAUAGAGUUCGUGGAAUUCUUUUCGGUGCUAUGAAGUUAGCAUUCGAAAUAGGCACUGCUUUAAAGUACCUGCACGAAGAACUCAAUAUUGCUCACAAUGACAUCAAGCCUGAUAACUUUUUCGCUCACUUUGGCUAGCAUCCUCUAAUUGAAAGUAGCUAAGUUUACGACUACACCAACAAAGUCACUCGUGAUGAUGACGGUGUUUAAUACUAUCUUGGUGACUUCGCCUACUCCAAGGAGUGCGGAUUCACUUCUUAGAAAGAAGCCAAGAGAUUCUUCUAAUAGAAAGUUUAAUCCUACUUUUCACCUGAAAUCUUUGCUUUGAUAGAAGGUGGACAAAUUGAUCUUCAGAACUUCGAAAAGCAGUACGAUGUAUUUGCUUUUGGCAUCAGUCUCUUCUAGAUCCUUUUCCAAAUGAACCCCUUUCAAUCCAAUGGCUGCCAUCUCAGCGAUACCUCAUUUAACCUUCUCCACACUAACCCUGAAAAGUUUUGGAGCUAAUUGUGGUAACCGCUGAGCGUCUACGGGUAGAUGACUAAUAUUGACCUGAUGAAAGAUCUCUUGACCAAAAUGCUUGAAAGAGAUCCUUCUAAGAGACCCAAUAUUAGCCAAAUCCUAUAGCACCCAUGGCUCGCUAACAUCUAAAACUAUUUUUUAUAAUUAACUCACUGA